AUGCAGCUGCUGUCGCACUGCGCGCAGACGAACUCAGACCGCCCCUUCUACACUGGCAUGGCGCGCCUCUGCAAGGAGUUCCACAAGAGAACCGACGGUCUAGAGCCCCUGAACGUCUUAGUCAUGACGCAAGUGACGGAGAUCAUCUCCACGUGGCAGUCUCUAGGCUCGGCGGAUGCUGGGGAGUUUUUGUUCUACAUGCUGAACGGCAUGCACGAGGAGUGCAAGUGGAAGGCCAAGUCUGGCUCGGCCGAGGGCCAGCCUGGAGCCGAGGACGGCGGCUGCGCGCAGGUGCGCGCCGCAGGGGUGCACGAGGACUCCCCCAUCGUCCGCAUCUUCGGCGGGCUCAUUCGCAGCUCCGUGCGGUCGCAGAGCGCGACGGCAGAAAGCGUCUCCGUGGAGCCCUUCAACCAUUUGAUCCUCGACAUAUCCUCCCCGAGUGUGGACUCGGUGACGUCCGCCCUGGAGGCCUACUGCGGCGCCGAGACCGUGAACGAGGGGCAGGCCACAAAGCGGCUGCAGUUCGAGCAGCUGCCGAAGGUAUUGCGGAGCUGGCAGCCGCGGGUGGAAGUGUUCGCCAGUAGUCGCGCCGAGCUAUGCAUGGAAAGGACUCGUUUUGGCCUUCCGGUGAGGGUGCCAGCGAGCAUCGUGCCAGAUUUUCUUGCACCCGCUUUGUUUGUAGCAUGAUUUUGGACCUCUUGUCAAGCGCAACCAUCCAGCUUUCGCGCCGAAGUUCGCCAGAGACCGCCGAAGGGGU